AGCUCGGCCUUUCCCCGCGGAGGAAAUUUGCUCCAUCUCCAGCAGCAACCACUGCUCCUUUUGAUGUUGUGGUACGCUGUGCGCAUGCGCUUCACAUUAGAAUUACUGCACUGGCCAGAAUAAGUUGGAUCUCUUCUUCUCUUCACUGAAACCCUAAAUCAUAUCAAAAGCCAAAGGGAUGUUGAGAGUCCGCAAAAAGGGUUACUUUGGGAUUUGGUCAUUCCCUUUAAUAAUAGCGGUGGUGUGUGCACAGAGUGUCAAUGACCCUAGCAAUAUGUCACUGGUAAAAGAGACCGUGGAUAGACUGCUGAAGGGCUAUGACAUUCGCUUGAGGCCAGAUUUCGGAGGUCCCCCAGUGGCUGUCGGCAUGAACAUAGACAUUGCCAGUAUAGACAUGGUAUCAGAAGUCAAUAUGGACUAUACCUUGACAAUGUACUUUCAGCAAGCUUGGAGAGAUAAGAGGCUGUCGUAUAAUGUAAUACCUCUAAAUCUUACUCUGGACAAUAGAGUAGCAGAUCAGCUGUGGGUUCCUGAUACCUAUUUUCUGAAUGACAAGAAGUCAUUUGUACAUGGUGUCACUGUGAAGAACAGAAUGAUCCGUUUGCAUCCAGAUGGGACAGUCCUUUAUGGACUCAGAAUUACAACAACAGCUGCUUGUAUGAUGGACCUACGGAGAUAUCCACUGGAUGAGCAGAACUGCACGCUGGAGAUUGAGAGCUACGGCUAUACAACGGAUGACAUUGAAUUUUACUGGCGUGGGGGUGAUAAUGCAGUUACAGGAGUGACAAAGAUCGAACUGCCACAGUUCUCCAUUGUAGACUACAAGCUUAUCACCAAGAAUGUUGUUUUCUCUACAGGUGCCUACCCAAGGCUGUCUCUCAGCUUUAAACUUAAGAGAAACAUUGGUUACUUCAUCCUGCAGACCUACAUGCCUUCUAUUCUGAUCACUAUCCUGUCCUGGGUUUCUUUCUGGAUUAAUUAUGAUGCUUCAGCUGCAAGAGUUGCUUUAGGAAUCACAACUGUGCUCACAAUGACAACCAUUAACACCCAUCUUCGAGAAACGCUUCCCAAAAUUCCAUAUGUGAAAGCCAUUGACAUGUACCUCAUGGGAUGUUUUGUCUUCGUUUUCAUGGCUCUGCUGGAGUAUGCCUUGGUCAACUACAUCUUCUUUGGCAGGGGACCCCAGCGUCAAAAGAAAGCAGCAGAGAAAGCUGCCAGUGCCAACAACGAGAAGUUGCGAAUGGAUGUCAAUAAGGACAGAAGAAUAAUUGGCACAUAUCAUUGUCCAGAAAUGUAUUCAACAAAGAUGGAUCCACAUGAAAACAUUUUGUUGAGCACGCUUGAAAUUAAAAAUGAGAUGGCUGCCUCCGAGGCUGUGAUGGGGCUUGGGGACCCUAGAAGCACUAUGCUGGCCUACGAUACAUCAAGCAUCCAGUACCGGAAAGCUGGCUUGCCCAGACACAGCUUUGGUCGCAACGCCCUGGAGCGACAUGUGGCACAAAAGAAAAGUAGGCUACGGAGACGUGCAUCUCAGCUGAAAAUUACCAUCCCUGACUUGACUGAUGUAAAUGCCAUAGAUCGAUGGUCGCGCAUAUUCUUCCCUGUUGUUUUUUCCUUCUUCAAUAUUGUCUAUUGGCUUUACUAUGUGAACUAAGAAACAAAGCCACACAGGAAGCAAGAACUGGAUUUCUCUUCAAAUCGGUUGUACAGCCAAAAGUGGGACUUAGAAAAAUUCUAUUCAGGACAAAAAUUUAUUUUAAAACACCUUAGUUGCUGGCCCACUCUAUGGUCUGUUUUAUAGAGUUUUGGUUGUUUCUGCUAAACUGUAAACAUGUUUUUAAUUUGCAGUGUGGACAUAUCCCCCUUUCCAAAAUAUAAGUGCAUUUCAAGUGUGGAGGCAAAUUGGAUUCUGACAAUCAUUUCUCUCUUGAUGUCUCUCGCACUCUCUUUUCCAUUUCAAUGCUCAUAUGAGUUUAAUGACAUAGAUUACAGAGAUUACAGAGAAACAGCUUUUAGUUUCAAGAGCGGUAUGUACUAUUUUGUUGUGAAACUGUGUAUCCAAAACAUGUGCAUCUACACUUAAGAGAGUGUGCUAAGAUGUUGUCAUGCUUAUAAAACAUACUCCACUUUACCUUUUGAAUAUGUAAACUUGAAAACAAGUAGUGCCUGUCAUCUUUCCAAGAUGAUGCUGAUCAGAGGUUUCCCAGCCGUAUUCAGGUAUUUCCUGUUAAUUUUUGAAAGAACUAAACCUUUGACUGAUAAUGUGAGGGUUUGGUGUUUGCACAGAAGCUGAAGCAAAAAGCACUAGUUUUGUUUUGGAUUUUUAAGAGAUAACGUAUGCCGACUGUCACAAUUAUUAUAGUUGUGAGCAGUAGAGAAAUGUAGCAAUGAUACAAAGGUGGAUCAAAUGGUCUUAUCGUGAAUGAUAUGACAGAUACGCUGUCGUUUCAUGUCAGGGAAAGGGAAUCAUUUGUCCAAAGUGCCAAAUGUUGGUCAGCCAAAGUGUUUUUCUAGGUGGCUAAAGAAAGCCAGUGGUGCCCUGCCUGUCUAGGGUAUGAAAAGUUAGACAGCAAUUCAAAAAUACAGAGCCAGGAAAAGGGAAGGGAACAUAUAUAUGUGUGUGUGUAUAAACACACAUAUACAUACAUAUAUAUAUAUAUAUGUGUGUGCAAAUGAAUGUUGUCAGCAGUCAGUAAGUACCUUAGUCUAAAAUACUCACGGGGAGUUCUGUGAUUUCUCUCAAGUUUGCAAUCCUUCUAGUGCUAUGCUUGCUGCUGUUGUUAGGCUUAACAACUAACAUCCGAUUUGAUUAAAGAUCUUGUGGCUCUUUGAAAAGUAGAGAUCCAACCAUACAUACUUUAGUACAGAAAAUAAUGACAGGAUAUUUUCUCAAGCCAGAUUAGGCAAUACCAUUUCCCUUCUUUCUUUUGUUUAACUUAAUGCAUUGUUUUCAAGGGAACAAUUUGGUAAGCCUCACUUCUAAUUACUUAAUUACACUCUUAGUAUUUCUUGCUUUAGAGUGACUUCUGUUGGGAAAAAAAUAAUAGCAAAAUUCAGUUUUGCUUUAGGAAACUUUAAAAUGGAGCAUAAUUUUUCCCAUUCCAUAGGGUUUAAGUUUACAAGCAAACUACUCCUAAAGUGUGGGCAAAUUAAAUAAAUUUGCCAUUUAUUCUGCUGUCGAAACUAUUUUUAUAUAAUGAAAAAAACACACACAAAAAAGUAUAAAUUCCUGAUGACUUUUACAAAAUCAGAUCCUAGUAUUGUUUGACAGAAAAUAAUGAAGCCACAUCCUGUUAUAUUUCUGCUACCUCUCAUCUGUGUACAAACCUCUGAAAGAAACUCAAAUUCCUGCAUCUUCCAAAUAGCAAAGGAGAAUGCUUUUUUCCGGUUUAACAAUCCUUUAAGAUAGAUGUGAAGAAUAUUUUUCAUAAAGAGAUUUCUUUAUUUUUUUGUUCUUCCUUUAAAAGAAUUAUUUUCUUACAACUUUCUACUUCCCCACCCCCCCCUUUUAAAGGCAUGACAGCAUAGGAGGAAAACAGUUUGGGGAACUGCCAAGUUUAUUCGAUUAUUUCUGACUUCAUUUUGACCAUAGCAUAUGCUUAUUUCUGCUUCAAAUGGGAGAGAAUAGUUUUGACCCUGAAAUGAGUUUUGCUGGGCACAUACACAACCUGUUGCUGUCAGGGGAUGUGUGUGUAUGUUCAAGUAUUGUUUCCAGGAUCAGACUCUAAAAUAUGUAGAGUCAAAUUUUUCAUCAUAUGAUUAACUUUCCAAGUCAAAAUGUUGUUUUUUGUUCACAUACUUAGUUUCUGGCUGCAUUUCAUGCACAAAGCAUUAAGCUUUGUAGAUGCAUUUGAAAUUUCAACUGUUAGUUUUGAAACAUGUUGGAAAUCUUCUCUCAAUUCUAAGAAAAGA